AUUCUUUAUAUAUGUGUUUGUUUGCUUAUAUAUCAGCAUUAUAACUACGGAGUUGUACAUACAUAUUUAUUACAUUAUAACGAUAAUAGGGAGUUUUAGAGAGCAAAAGUAAGAGAGAGAUGGUAACAGAGAUUGUGAAUGUAGAAGUGGAAGGGAUGUUGAGUGAGUCAAUAGCAUAUUCUAAUGAAGCAAAUAAAUUGCCAUUCUUGUCACUAAACCAUGUCUCUUUUGUCUGCAAAUCCGUCAAAAAAUCUGUGCAGUUUUAUGAGCAAGUUCUUGGAUUCGCCCUAAUCAAGAGGCCCUCUUCUUUUGACUUUGAUGGAGCUUGGUUGUUCAACCAUGGAAUGGGAAUCCAUUUGCUUGAAGCUGCAGAAAAUGUCCCAAACAAAAAAGAGAAAAUAAAUCCAAAAGACAACCACAUUUCAUUCCAAUGCUCAGAUAUGGAACUCAUAACCCAAAAAUUACAAGAAAUGAAAAUAGAAUAUGUAACAGCAAUUGUCAAGGAAGGAGGCAUAACAGUGGAUCAAUUGUUCUUCCAUGAUCCAGAUGGUUAUAUGAUUGAAAUUUGCAAUUGCCAAAAUCUACCAGUUCUUCCACUUUCUUCCUGCCCUCUUAAGAAGCUACAAAACCCUAAUGAUAAUCUCACAUUAUCAUCUCUCUACGGGAAGAAGAUGCAGUGCAAUAGAGAAGUAGAAGCUCUGAUGUUGGAGAAUUUGGCAGUGGAAAUGUUGGACAUUUCAAUUUGACUGCAUUUCUCACCGUAUGAGUCAAAAGAAUGUAAAAUAUAUGUAUGGAAAAGAGAAAGCACUUUUAUCUAUAGUUAAUUAUAAAUGUUAGCAUAUUGCAGCUCUUCCUUUCUAGUCUUCUGAUUAAUAGUAAAAUAUCAAUCGAUACUGAUUGGUUUUGGCUUCAGAGUUCAA